AUGGCGCGGGAACAGCGGCGGAGUCGUUUGGGAUACAGAUACGGUGACUUUGACGAGGGUCUCUUUGAGUUUUCCUUUAUUGAUCGCAAAUUGGAACGUGGCUUGGAAGGAGAAUGCACCGCCCCGUACCAACCACGCAUCAUCUUCUUUCUUGUCGUCCUCCGUCGACCCUCCAUUCUUUCCAGAUUUGUGUUCGAGUCCCGACUCACAGGUGAGCAGACAUGCUGGCGGCAGCUUGGAGCUCUGAUCCGCACCUACAAGAAGAUCUACGCUUGUGACCCGACACCUCCGCGGACGCCUGGAGAGACGCUUGGCACGGUUGAGCUCAACACGAGUGAGCUGUUGGAUUGGAACACACGGGUGCUAAAGGUCGAGGCUUAUGCGAAGAGGAUUUGGGACUACCUCAACGACAAGUUGAACCCCAAAGAUCCCGAAGGGGGCCGCAAACUGUUCGAAGAGCCCGAGCCAACGUCUGCCAUGUUUGCCCUUCAGCUAAACGAGCCCAUAUACGCGCUCAAUAUCGUGGCUAUGGCAGAUGACGCUUCGAGGCACAGCUUACACCCAGCCGCCCCCGAUUUCCGGUUCUCGGUGCCCCGUUUCCCAGCCCACGAACAUAUGCCCUCCAAACCCCUCCCGAUUCCUGCACGUCGAGAACGCGUCGUUUCCGCGCAACUGCACCGUCAGACCGUGGACUUGCGGCCUCGUCUACGCGUGUCCAAAGUACCGCGCCCAAUAACCCAGCUGCAUCCAUUGGAAAACAGGCCCAGGUGGAAUAUCAAGAUGUACACGGUCGACCACAAGGAAUUUGUUCCGACCAGAACCUAUGUACCGCAGGACAUCAUCGUGAGCCUGACCAUUCCACAAGAGCUGCAGCAAGUCUACAGCUAUACGCUGCUCUCCCUGGAGCUUCGUAUUCCUUGCGGAGACAUCAACUCGCCAGGUAUCCCUCGUGAGGAUGGCAAGGGCAAUUUCUACCCACUGCUCAGCACAGACGGCGACCUACCGGUCACGGGGACUAUGCUGUCAAAUUUGCGCUUCAACGUGAUUAGCUCGUGGGUGCAAGGUGGCAGGGAUGCCGACGGCCGAUUCCACUACAGCCAGCUCGUGAUUGAGGUUAUCCCGAGAGCAGAGAAUGGGGUGAGCAUGUUCAAUAUGGUGGAGGCGUCUUUCAUGCUGCCUGCUGUGAGAAUCAUCGAGUGGGGGGACGAUCGGGUGGCCAGGCCUAUGCUCUAUCCCAUGUAUGAGGAGAAUCAGAAGACCUAUAAGCAGUGGGAGGAUGGCCCCAAGGAAGGUAUCCCGAUGGUUCCGGUAGGGAAAUCAGAGCCUCAGGUGUAG